AUGACGCCCCCCGAUACCAGUGCCGCUCGCCCAGUAAGGCGACGCCCAUCGUUGCUGCUCUCUCGCACUCGACCAAAGACCGCGAACCUCGGGGACGAGCCUGACACCACUGCAGCCCUCCCGUGGUUGAGCUCUGGCCCGUGGGCUCCGAACCCUUCUUACAACAACGGCGUCGAGGAAAGCAGCGGGCUUUCGUACUGCCAGGAUGAGGACCAUAUGAACAGUAUCUUUCUGCAAGAUAUAUCCGAGUUUCCAGAGCCGAGGCCGCGCCAUCGCUCUGCAAAAAGCUUCUCCAGCAUUCGCCAUGGCGUCGACGGGCUGCGUGCCUUUGGCCGCCGUCUUUCCGUUACCAUUCGAGGGAAAUCCUCUCGGCAUGCGUCACACGAGGGAGAUCGAGAAGUGGACGCUGCUGGGGAACUAGGAGGAACGUCUCCGGACGGAAAACAUCGAAAUGCGUGGUUCAAGGAACAGAGCAUCAACCGUCGGCCAUCCUUGCACAGCGUUUCCGCGUUGCACACCUUUUACGCCCCAACUGCCAAUAUGGCCAAUUUCAUUCCGGGCAUGGGCUUUGAGCCGCCCGUGUUUACUGAUGAGUUGUGCGGUGGUGCUGCUGCCCGGGCUGCCGCUGCGGCUCAGAACAAGUCUAGUCGAAACAUUUCAGCGGCAGACUCGAAGAUCUUUGAUUCAGAGAGUGGAAUCGGCAUUGACUUGCGUAGCUCCGACCUGUCUGAUUCAGAGCCAAGCAUUGCACGAAUAGAUCCGGUAGCCUUCUUGCCGGCAGAGCUGGUAUCGCAUGUGCUUUCCUAUUUGGACCCAAAGUCAUUGGUCAAGGCAGAAUGCGUUUCCAGGUCUUGGAGCAAGGCUGCUGCUUGCCACCAUGUCUGGCGUAAUGUCUUCCGUCAAGAAUACGGUAGCCACGCACCAAGGUCACCGACAAUGGCUAAAAAGUCGCAGUCUGCUGGCUUGGGAAAGACCAUGCCCAAUCAGGACUGGAAAAAAAUGACCUUGGUCCGACAGGCCCUAGAUCGUCGCUGGAAGGAGGGCAAGGCUGCGGCCAUUUACCUUCAAGGCCAUACCGACAGUGUCUACUGCGUGCAGUUUGAUGAACACAAAAUCAUCACCGGCUCUCGAGACCGCACUAUUCGCAUCUGGGAUGCUCAUUACCCUUGGCCGUGUCUCAAGGUCAUCGGCUCGCCUUCUGCCCAGCAGCGCGGAUCCGCAGCUACUUACGCCAACCCUCAGCCUUUGGGCAACCAGCCAUUCCUCUCCAUUUGCCCUCCGAGUCAGGCCUGGAAGGAUGUUAUCGACCGUGCAGUCCAGUUGCCCGAGUGCCACAAUGCGUCCAUCCUCUGCCUUCAGUUCGAUGACGAAAUCAUGGUCACUGGAUCCUCUGAUUUCACCUGCAUCGUGUGGGAUGUGAAGAAUGACUACAAGCCAAUUAGACGAUUGGUCGGUCAUAGGGCAGGUGUCCUAGACUGCUGCUUUGACGACCGAUACAUCAUCUCAUGUUCAAAGGACACGACUAUCUGCAUCUGGGACCGGGAAACCGGACGGCUGGUUAAGAGAUUGCUUGGCCACCGGGGACCCGUUAACGCUCUUCAGCUGCGCGGCGACCUUCUUGUGUCAGCCAGCGGAGACGGUGUAGCCAAGCUGUGGAACAUCGCAUCCGGUGUUUGUGUCAAGGAGUUCUCCAGCAAAGACCAUGGACUUGCGUGCAUUGAGUUCAGUGAGGACGCGCGAACCAUCCUGGCUGGCGGCAAUGACCAGGUCAUUUACCAAUACGAUGCCAACACGGGUGACAUGAUUGGAGAGAUCAAGGGCCACUCUGGUCUAGUGCGGUCUUUGCAUCUAGACGCCCUCAACAACCGCAUCGUCAGUGGAAGCUACGAUUUCAGCGUCAAAGUCUUCGAUGCCACCUCCGGCGAGCUCUCCAUCGAUCUUCCUGGAUGGACGACGAGCUGGAUGUUGAGCGCUAAGUCAGACUACCGGCGCAUUGUUGCCACCAGCCAGGACUCGCGGACCGUGAUUAUGGAUUUUGGGUAUGGCUUGGAUGGCAUUGACUUGUUGGAGGAGUAA